GAAUGGGGGGGUGGGCAGACUGCUAGGAACGCUGUAGCGGCGGGAGCGGCAACGCGUGUCUCUAGCCGGUCACUAGCCAGCCAUGCUCAACUUCGGGUCUUCCCUUCAGCAGCCUUCGGCGGAAAGAAUAGAAAUGAUUUUUGAAAAACCAAAAGAAGGUAGAUGUUCCUGGAACCAUACAACAGAGAAAAGUGAUUUUGAAGCUGUAGAAGCACUUAUGUCCAUGAGCUGCAGCUGGAAGUCUGAUUUCAAGAAAUACACCGAAAUUAGACCAAUCACACCAGCAUCUGAUGUGUCAGAAGAAACUGAAGAGGGCUUGCUACCUGGUACUGCCGAUUUCCAUGCGAUACCAGCAUUUUGUUUGACUCCACCCUACAGUCCAUCUGACUUUGAAGCUUCCCAAAUACCCAAUUCAGUGGUGCCAGCGCCAUCUACUGGGCACUUCAAAUCAUUUGCUGACACUUCAAAGCCUCCCAAUACAGCCGAUUUUAAAGAGAAUGAUAAGGGCCAGUUACCAGCACCAAGACCUUUGAAAGCUCAGGCCACAAGUGUAAUUCGUCAUACAGCUGAUGCCCAAUUGUGCAAUCACAGAACCUGCCCUGUGAAAGCAGCUAGUAUGCUAAAAUAUCAGGACAAUGUUUUUAAAAGAAGAACUCACCCAAGUGUUGAGACUACAAGGAAAAAUGUACCCUGUGCAGCUGUGUCACCAAACAGAUCGAAAUGUGAAAGCAACACAGUGACACAUAUGGAAGAAAAAGCAGGUGCUGCUCUUAGUGACUUUUCAGUACCUUCUUCAGAGACUGUCAUCUGUAACCCUCAGCUACUUCCUGUUUCCCCAAAACAAAAGUCAGUGUUGGUCUCUCCACGUACUGCAUCAGCAAGUGGAGUUCCACCCGUGCCAGUCAUUUGCCAGAUGGUUCCACAGAUGGUCCCCCUCCCUACAAACAACCCUGUUGUAACGGCAGUCGUCCCCAACACUCCACCUAGUCAACAGCCAGCCCUUUGCCAGCCUGUUGUGUUCAUGGGAACACAAGUGCCUAAAGGUGCUGUCAUGUUUGUCGUGCCACAGUCUGUGGUCCAGAACCCCAAACCUCCAGUGAUGAGCCCAAAUGGCACCAGACUAUCUCCCAUUGCUCCUGCUCCAGGUUUUGCCCCUUCUACGACAAAAGUUGCAGCGCAGAUUGACUCGUUGAGAAUAAGAAGUCACAUUUGCAGUCAUCCAGGAUGUGGAAAGACUUAUUUUAAAAGUUCCCACUUAAAAGCCCACAUGAGGACACAUACAGGAGAAAAACCUUUUAGCUGUAGCUGGAAAGGUUGUGAGAGGAAGUUUGCCCGCUCAGAUGAACUCUCCCGACAUCGAAGAACACACACAGGCGAGAAGAAGUUUGCCUGUCCGAUGUGUGAUCGGCGGUUUAUGAGGAGUGACCAUUUGACCAAACAUGCCCGCCGCCAUUUGUCCGCUAAGAAGCUCCCAAACUGGCAGAUGGAAGUGAGCAAAUUAAGUGACAUCGCUUCCCCCCCAGCACCUGCUACCACACAGUGAAGUCAUGGUACCUGAAGACAACAUUGGAAUGAACCUUGGUCACAGCCACAAUCCGCCAUGAUGUAGAAGUGCUUCCACCCCGGUUCCGGGAUGCUUUGGUGCCCACUGGGGGUGGGACUGCAGUGGCUUCUGGGGCAAAGGCCCACUCUGGGUUAGAGAUGACAAGAAGCAGAGACACAGGCAGAGAGGGGGGCCAGUCACUAACAGAAUGGCAGAUUUCAUUUGCACAUGAGGAAGAAGAGUCUUUAAUACUUUGGAAGGUCUCAGAUCAGGAAAAAACAGGCAGCACAGGUUUUGAAUUGGUGUGCAUCAUUUGUUAGCACAUUUGCUCUUACUUGAGACCCAUUCAAUGGGAUCCUUUUGAAAUACUUUGUGGUUUCAAGAGAGUAUAGACAGGAGAGAAACAUGGUACUGAAGUAGACGUGUGAUGUUGGUUUGCGUUGAUUACUACAAAUAUUGUCAUCUUUUCCUAGCUGAGUAAUUAUCUGGUUUCUUUGUAUCUCUAUACUUAAUGAAUGCAGUUGUCAACUAUUAACUAGUAUUGGCAGUUUUCCACAAUUGUUCAUAUUUGGAAUGAAGCAAAACAAGCCGUUUGUGGCUGGAGAGGACCAACAAAAUUGGAAUCCUCAUAAAUUUAAUUACUUUAAUAUAUAGCUCCACUUGUUUUUUACUUUUCAUUUUCAGUCACGAAGUUAAAACAUGACUAUUUAAGCAUCCCAUGAUGCUUUAAACUUUUAGUUUGCCUGCAGUUUCUGGUGUAGAUUUGAAAAUUGUAUACCAACGUGUUUUCUAUAAACUCUGAGAUACACUGCACUUUGUUUAAAAAUAUCUGAAGAUUAAAAAAUCUUGCAGUUUUAAGAAGGGACAUCAAGAAUAAGUUACUCUUUGAAAGAUGGUUCUAUUAUAGGUAAAUUAUCCUUAUAUAAUAAGGAUAUAAUGUGUGCUGUAUUGAACUAGAAAGUUAGUGGGGGGGUUAUUGGUUUUUUAAGUUCGCAAGGACAAUUAAAAAGUCGGUCCCAUUUUAGGAAUUUUUAGAGUAGAGGGGAGGUAGGAAUAAUUAGUACGUAACUUUCAUUAACAGUAUUUCUAUUCUAUCCUGUCGUAUCGUGGAUGUUAUACACAGUAGAGCAAAAUGAACUGUUUGGCAUAUACAAUGAAAUUUUCAUUAUAUUGUUCCUUCAUUUAACAUUUUUCUGUGUAUCAGGUUUAGUUUUUAAACAUUCAGGUAAAGGCCAAAAAGCAAUAUUACCUCCUCAAAUUUUUUCUUAAUAUACAAUUUAAAAACUUGGCCCUGUGGGAAACAUUAUAGAGAAGUUUCGUUGUAGUGUCAAAAGGAUUCUUGUGACUACUUUAAGAUUUGCACAGUAUUUCUUAUGUUGUACUUUAUAUCUUGUUUACAAUAAAUAAUUUCCUUUGCUAUA